AAGGUAACUUGAAGCUCGAUCGUUUCCUGCUCCCCGUUUCGGUCUUGUUUCAGUAAAGCCCACCACAGGUCAGGACCACUGUUCCCAGUAAACCCAGCGGAGAGACGGUGUGACGACGGGAGUGCGAGGAGGACGGCAGGUUUCCGUUAAAGCACCGGGAGCACCGGGAGGAAGGGCGGGACUGAGAAUGGCGAAAACGUACGACUAUCUGUUCAAGCUGCUGCUGAUCGGAGACAGCGGCGUCGGUAAAACCUGCCUGCUGUUCCGGUUCAGUGAAGACGCCUUUAACACCACCUUCAUCUCCACCAUCGGCAUCGACUUUAAGAUCAGGACGGUCGAGCUCGAUGGAAAGAAGAUCAAACUUCAGAUUUGGGACACGGCGGGUCAGGAGCGGUUCAGGACCAUCACAACGGCCUAUUACAGAGGAGCCAUGGGCAUCAUGCUGGUGUAUGACAUCACCAACGAGAAGUCCUUCGACAACAUCAGGAACUGGAUACGCAACAUCGAGGAGCAUGCGUCUUCAGACGUGGAGAGGAUGGUUCUGGGAAACAAAUGUGACAUGAACGACAAGAGACAAGUGUCCAAAGAGAGAGGAGAGAAGCUGGCCAUCGAUUACGGGAUCAAGUUUUUGGAAACCAGCGCAAAGUCCAGUAUCAACGUGGAGGAGGCCUUUUUCACACUCGGCAGAGACAUCAUGACGAGACUCAACAGAAAGAUGAACGACAACAACCCGCCAGGAGGAGGCGGGCCGGUUAAAAUCACAGAGUCUCGAUCUAAAAAGAGCUUCUUCAGGUGUACACUGUUGUAGGAGGAGCUCCCACUCUCGCCUCCUCCUCCUCCUCCUCCUCCUCCUCCUCCUCCUCCUCUGGCUGCUGCAGAACUGAACCUCCCACUGCAGGAGGACGUCAGCCGAGAAUCAAACCUGUGGAAAUCAUGAAGACGUCUUCAUGUUGAAUCUGCUCCCUCAGGAGCGUCUCUGCUUUUUAAUCAGCUCAGAGCUCAAUGCUCCCCUCCUGCACGCCUCCUCCUGUUUGUGUUUUUAAUUUGCAUCCUGAGAGGACGCCUCCCCUCCCCCCUCCCCCCUCCCCCUUCGAUUUGACGUCUUACUCUAAGAGGACGACGGCUCUCAGUCGAUGCAUCCUCCCUCUUUGAGGACAUCUUAAUCCGAGGA